AUGGCUAGCGACGGCACGAGGGAGCAAGCGGAUGGGGAGGGACAGCGCGCGCCAAAGAAAGUGCCUUUGAGCCAAGCGAUGCAAAGCUGUGGUCGCGACUCCAUCCUCGAAACGCUCAGAGCUGAGACUGAGAGCACACUGGAUACAACAGCAGCACAUGCACUAUCUCUCCUCUCCCUCCCCUCCUCUGCCUCGCUCGCCCGCUCUAGCUCUCCUCCAGCGUGCGGUGGAGUCUGGGGGGGUGGUGGUAGUGGAGAGGUGGGAGAUGACGGUGGCGGCUAUAGCGAAUAA